AUGCUCCCUGGGUACACUGCCGAGAGCAAGGACGGCGCGCACGGUUACGAGCGCCUUCACGACAUCAUCCUGCAAGACAGCGACGCCGACGGCGAGGAUGAUGUCAUCCUCUUCCCACACGCCGAGGAGCUCGCAAACGCCGCAGUCGGUAUCGACGGCGAUGACGGCAACGGCCGUGUAGUGCGUCUGGGAACGACCCAGCACCUCGACGAAUCGGACAGCAGCGAGGACGAGGCGACGCUCAAUCGCGUUGGAGACAUCCCGCUGGAGUGGUACAAGGACGAGAAGCAUAUUGGCUAUGACAUCGAGGGCAAGAAGCUGAUGAAGGCGGAGAGAUCUGCGCUAGAGCGGCUGCUGGAGGCAACGGAUGACCCGAACGCGAUGCGGACUAUCUACGACGCCCUGCACGACGAGAAGAAGACGCUGUCGAACGCUGACCUGCAGCUCAUCUUCAAUCUGCAGCGCAACCGCACAACAAACUCGAACUACGAUAUGUACUCGGGGGUGCAGGAGGACACGGUUGUCUUCGAUCCGCUCAACCACCCGCUCGCCCGCAGCAGCGGCCCGUCCAAGAAGGCAUUUGUGCCGGCACUGCACGACACGAAGGUGAUUGCAAAGAUGGUGCGGCGCCUGCGCAAGGAGGAGGCGGAGAGCAAGCUUCGUCCAGCCACGGAAGAGAAGGAGGACGAAGAUCAGCUUCUCUGGGACGAUGGCCAUGUGGAGAUGGACACGCACACACACUUCAAGUACUUCAACCGCGUCCCCAAGCCGAAGGUUCCGCCGCCGGGCACGUUUGAGAGUUACCGUCCACCACCGGAGUACCUGCCUAGCGAGCGGGCGAAGCAGCGCCAGGCCCGCCUGCGUACGAUUGACCGCAGAGAACAUUUUUUACCGCAGUCCUUCGACGCCUUGCGCCACGUUCCUUUCUAUCACCACACCAUCCAGGACCGCUACCAGCGUUGCCUCGACCUCGCCUUCUUCCCGCGUGCGCAGCGCACACGGCUCGUGGUUGACCCUGACAAGCUGCUGCCGGAGCUGCCGAACCCGAAGGAUCUGCGGCCGUACCCAGAGAAGCUGUCCUUUCACUACAAGGGGCACACAGCGACGGUGCGUAGCGUGUCGGUGAGCCCGAAUGGGCAGUACCUCGCAACAGGCUGCGACGAUCACCUCGUGCGCGUCUACGAGGUGCAGACGGGCCGCCUCAUGAAGCGGUACGACAUGGGGGCACCGGUACAGCAAGUCGAGUUCUGCCCCUCCAAGUCCCUUAACAUACUCGCUGCCGCAGUGGAGUAUAGCCUCGUGUUCGUUGUGCCGACUUUUGCGGCUCAUGCACUGGUAAACGAUCACACGAUCCGCUUCCUGCGCGCACCAGGCCUGUCGGCUGGUCAGCGGGAGGCAGCGCAUGCGCUCGGUGCGGUGGACACGCUCGGCGGCCGCGCGGUGACGCAGACGACACUCGACGCAGACGAGACGGCUCACGAAGCGACGACCGACCUGCACGACGUCGAGGAGCGCGAGAAGCGUGCCGAGUUCCUCGAUGCCAGCGCCAAGGAACGCAAUGCAGGUAUCGUGGUGAAGAUUGCGAUGCACGCCAAGGUGAAGAAGUUCUGCUUCCACAUCAAAGGCGACUACCUGUGCGCUCUGUGUCCGAAGGACCAUGUCAAGUACCGCCAAACGAUCAUGCUGCAGCUCUCGAAGCGCAAGGUGUUCUGCCCAUUCCGAAAGUUCUCUGAAGUUGUCACGGACUGCCGCUUCCACCCGCGGGAGCCCCUCUUCUUCCUCGCGACGACCAACUCCGUGCGAUGUUAUAAUCUCAUGGCCCACCGCCUGCAGCGGCGCUUCAAGGCCUCAGGCGGUGUCACGACGUGUCUGUCCAUCCACCCCGAGGGCGAUAACUUCCUCGUCGGCGACACAACCAGCCACACAUCGUGGUUCGACAUGGACUUCUCCGACAAGCCGUACAAGCGCAUGCGCUCGCACAAGGGAGUUGUGAACGCGCUCGCCUUUCACCCCAAAACAGGCGCCUACCCACUCUUCGCCACGGGCGCCUCGGAUGGUCAGGUACACGUAUUCCAUGGCAUGGUGUACGACGAUUACAACAAGAACGCGCUGGUCGUGCCGGUGAAGAUCCUGAAACAUCAGCGGUCGGUGUACGCAGUGGCGUGGCAUCCCUCGCUUGCGUGGCUCUUCACGUCUACCGAAGACGGCGUGGUGACGGCAUGGACAGAGUGA